UGAUCGGUGGCGUUCGCUCUUCGGGAUUUUAACAGGCUUUGUAGAUUAAGGGGAAUGACGAGAAACAAAACAAGGACGCACUUUUGGGAACUAACAAGCUGCUGCGAGAAGGCGGAUUGAAGGAGCGGGAGUGAGGAAGGACGCAAGGACAGAUAAACUUAAGACAAAUUGAGGGAUCAGUCUGAGCACGUGAAUGCAUUUAGCCUCCAUCUGCGCCGCGCCAGCCCAACGACUGGCCGCACACAAGCUGCUUGUUGCAAACCAACUCGGAGUAAUUUCCUCCGCGACGGCCUGUUGACCGACGAAGUAAGCACUGUGGAGAAGACUUCUGAUGAGCCAGUUUCGGCUUUGCCCGAAGCGUCAAGGCCAUCGCCGUCAGACCUCAUCGUGUUUACAGCGGGACACUAAAAGAGAUCGAGGCGUGUGCGUGUAGAGAUAUUAAAAUGACACCCGCACUUUAUUCCACCAGAUAGUGCUCAGUGAGGUGUGUGGUGCUGCCCGUCACGCUUUGUUUUUUUUUCUCUUGCACACCGACACUCACACACACACAUAACAGACCUGCACGCCUCCGUAGACCAGCAGCACAUCAGGUUCUGAUAAUCAGCUGUGCUCUGCCUCGACCUUAAACGCAGCAGGUUUCAGAUCAGCGCCUGUGAGUAAGUGUGUGUCUGGAUUCCAGCAAGGGGCUCUGACUGCCAGCCAGCGAAGCGGGCUGGAUAGGAAGUGUUAGGUCGAUGCUACAUGAUCAUGGAGUGUGAUAACCUGUGAUUAUUCGGAGGAGUCUAAAUUACCAUGAAAAAUCACUCUCCGGUUAUGCUGCAGUGUGUACAGGAUAGUGUAUCGACAAGAUCCCAGCAUUCAAGCAAGUAGUGUCAUACACCUCUUGGAUGAAAUGGCAAACAGAGGUGUAUAAUAUCUGAAACUGAAGCAGUUUGCUGAACCCUUUGCCCGUUCACGCAGGGCGAGCACUUUCACUCCCAAUCUUUACAGAGCUGCACUCCACUUGAGAGAUUUUAUUUAACUUUAGAUAUCUCCAGAUGAGUUGUACUGAGAUAGAUUGUCAGUCUCCAGAGCUCUGGUUGGCUGUGGGUCUGUAGCUUAGAGGAACAUUGACUUCUGAUAACGGGUGAGAAGUAGUAGUGGGUGAGAAGUACAUAAAACUCCUUUGUGAUUCAUCAUGAUGCAGCAUGUUUGAGUAUUUGUUUGAGGAUUCAGCAAUGUAGCAUAUUGUUAGCACCGUCAGAGAUAAAUUGGACUUGCUUUGGCAGACAGUUUAUUGGGCUGAAUCUAACGGAUAUACAUUGUUAUUGAUGUUUUGUGUUCCACAGAGUAGUGUGGUUUGACCUAUAAGACACACAGAGCGUUUGCUGGUGCGGUUAAGGGCUCGGCUGAUCGUUACGGCUGCUUUUCCUCAGGAUAUCUGUCGCUCUAAGUGUGACACUGCGGUGCACACGGUUGUUAAAAAGAUAAUUAAGGUUUCACUCAUUUUGUUAAAUGCAUGUGAAACGGUUUGGAAAAAGAGCAGCUCUGGUCCCCACUGUUGUUUGAAGAUCUAGCGAACAGAGGAGCUUGUUGCGGUUCCUGGAAUGCUUUUUCACAUUGGAAAUUUGCCAUUUAAGGAUUUCCAACACUCUGCAUGAUUACUUCUUUUAGACUACCACAAGUUGCUGCAGUCUGCGGAGAAACUGCUACUUUAAACUAAUCUCUUGGUGGCCUAUGAUAUAGAAUUUAAGACACUAACUCUGUGGUUACCCAGAGCUGUAAGAAACUGCUGUACACUCCACGUAAGCCCAGGCUGCAAGUUUGUCCUGUGUGUCCUUGCUACAAAAACAAGUUUCAUAGCUUGUGCUGUUUUAGAGGGUUCUUUCUUUAAGAGUUCAUUUUUUUUCCAAGUGUCGUUCCCAAACAGCUUGUGUCUAACAGCACUGACGUAAAAGCUGAGCUGCCUCGCACGUGCGUGCAGCGUCGCAGUGGAGGACACAUCUGAGUGCGUUAGUGCGUGAGAGAGUGUGUAUUAGGACUGGUUACUCUGUAGCGGUUCAGGCAGGGUUACAGAAGAGCCAUUGAUCAAAUCUGCACAGCCACUCACACUUUCAGGCUCAGACAUACACACAACACACAUCUUGAACCUCAAUACACAAUGAGGCCUAUCCGAAGCCCUGGCCUCUGCCGCCUCCUCCCUGGAUCUUUCUCGCUGACUCUGCAAAGCCUGAUCCUGGUCUUGCUCUUCAUCACUCCCCGUUGUCAAGCCGUGCAAGCAGAGAAUGUGACAGUCCUGGAGGGAGGCACUGCCCAGAUCUCCUGCCGCCUGCAGAACUACGACGGCUCAAUCGUGGUCAUCCAGAAUCCCCGCCGGCAGACCCUCUUCUUCAACGGCACGCGAGCUCUGAAGGACGACCGUUUCCAGAUGGUGCUCUUCACGCCGCAGCUGGUGCGCAUCACCCUGACCAACGUCAGCGUGUCCGACGAGGGAGGCUACUUCUGCCAGCUGUACACGGAUUCCACGCACCACCAGGUGGCGACGCUCUCCGUUUCCGUCCCCCCGGAGACCCCCACGGUGGAGGUGAAGGAGGAGGCCGUGGAGGGCGGCGACACCAAGCUCACCUGCGUGUCGCCGCGCAGCAAGCCGGCUGCCACCCUGCGCUGGAUGCGCAACGGCCGCGAGAUACCAGGUACUGUGUCGCAGCAGGACAAUGGCAAGACAUUCAGCGUGUACAACACCAUCACCAUCCCGGUGGAGAGGAAAGACAACGGGGCGGCACUGAACUGCGAGGCUCAGCACCCCGCGUUGAAUGGCCAGAAGAGGGUUCGGCAUCAUCGGCUGGAUGUAUAUUUUGCUCCCACCGUGCGAAUUGUUCCUCCCACAGGGAUUUUGCGUGAGGGAGACUCACUCAGCCUCACCUGCUCUAUCACUGGGAAUCCUUUGCCAAGAAACAUUCAGUGGUCCAAGAUAAAUGAUACCUUACCUGAGCGAGCAGAGGUAUCUGGAUCCACUCUUCAGAUUUCCCGUCUCAGCCAAUCACACAACGGGACAUACCUGUGCCAAGCCCAGAACAACUUUGGUCGUGCCGCUGACCAUUACACCCUGUUGGUGUAUGAGAAUGUGUCAACCACUACCACGGUCCCUACCACUCCUCCCACUCCCACCACCCAACCCACCACCACCCAUCCUACUAGCUCCAUCCUCACAUCAAACCUCCUGCCUCUGGACCCGAUGGACCCCGGCGCAGUGGUUGAGACUCACAGUGCAGUACCUUAUGCAGUGAUAGGUGGCGUUCUUGCCCUGCUGGUGUUCACCGUCAUCUGUGUCCUCAUUGUCACCAUCUGGUGCUCAGUCCGGCAGAAAGGUUCCUAUCUCACCCAUGAGGCCAGCGGCUUGGACGAACAUGGCGAGGUGCAGGAGGCCUUCCUCAACGGGAACGACGCCAGCCAGGGCAAGAAGGAGUACCUACUGUAGCCCCUCUUUUUGUUAAUCCCCUUCUCUUCUGACCUCAUACCCCUGCCCUGCCCUCCCUCUGCCUCCAACCUUAUAUACAGUAUAUGUAUAAAUAUAUAUACACACACACACAGACACACACACACACACAAGCACUCCGACACAAUUCGCCAUAACAGGCAGCCUUCUGAAAGCGACUGUACUGCACAUAGCCAAUCCAUCACACUCCAUUCCACUCCAUCUCCUCCAUAUACACUCGCAUAACCCAAGAGACAGACCGAGAGACGGAGAGGCUCUCGGCCCCACCAGACGUCAACGACUGUGCCAUAUACAGUACUGUAAGUCCCGGACCGCUGGAGAGAGCGAGAGAGCGGCGACAGAGUGCAGUGAAUGUGGGGCAAAAGCGAAAUGAUCCUGUAAUUAUUUAGAUCGGGGGAAGGAAGAGGGCCACACAAUGAAAAGUGGCCCCGCUCUGCCUCGGCUGUGCUGCCUCCAAAGUGGAAGGGGAAUUAGAGGCAGAUGACUGCUGUAAUUCACCGCCCGGAGAAUAGAAGAAUCUAUUUUACAAAGCCCCGUCUCUAAGCGAAGGAGACGGCAGGAGAGCUGCACGGCGAGCGAGGGAGGGGUGGGAUGUGGGGAAACUUGAGCCGAAGCUACUUUGUCCUCGAUGGUAAAUUACAGAGAUUUUUCAAAUUACAGUCAUAUCUCGUCGGCGGAUCGCAGCUUGUCCGUAAUUCCCCGCCAAAGCCACGAGAAGUAUCUGGACUUUGGUAAUAAACUGAAUGUCUUGUUUAGCUUUUUUUAUGUUCGGAGGCGCUCCAGCUAGUCUUAAAAGAAAGUCGACCUAAAGGGAUAUUUUCCACCCCUUUCAGUACUGGAGUGAAAUAAAAAGGUGGUUUCUUAACAUCCUCUCCGCACACCUGUUACCAUUCCUUCCUUUGUCUCUGUUGCAAUCCCUCUUCCUCUCAGUGUCUAACACCCCUCCCCCCCCCCUUCUCUAUCGUUCCCCUGUUGUUGGCCCCGUAAUAAUGAAAGGAUUAGCGUCGGGCUACGUUCCCAAGAAGGAAGAAAGGAAUAUGACUUGCAGAGGCAUUAAAGGGAAGCUUAAUUAUUUUAGAAUGUCAUUAAGAGGAUAAAAAGGGUUUGAAAAGUCCCAAUAAGAAGAAGAGGAGAGCUAGCAAACAACUGGGACCGAGAGAACAAAACGGGCGUACAUAUCUACAUGCGCACAUUCAUACAUACAGUACACACGUCCACAGAACAAGUAUACAUAUCUCUGGAUUCUUUGUUUGUAUAAAAAAGAACAGUGACAUGAGUUAAAUUAAACUUUUAAGAAUUAAGAAAACUGUUUACUAUCGAAACGCAUUAUGAAGCAACUAUACUAACACAGAAUAUUAGCCUUUAGAGGCGCAAGGCCGAACAAACUACUGUCCAGUGAUCUUUAAAGAAAAUAUUAAAAGGAAAAAAAAAACUUGUCUUUAUGAAAGAACAGAGGUCUUAUUGAUUUUUUAAAAAUAAAUAUUGUUAUUAUUUGAACAAUUCUGAUUGUUGUUACUGUUAUUAUUAUUGCCGUUGUUAUUAUUAUAAUUGUAAAUGUUAAAGAAAUGUACACUUCCCAUGGUUUGUUUUUGGUUUUACUGUAGAAAAAAUAAACUUGCUGUCAUUUUUCACUCUUUUUCCUCUUUACCUUUCCUCUCUUUCCCAGUAUUUCUCUCUUUGUCUCCUGUGCCUAGUUGUCUCUUCUCCUGUCUUUCACACUUGUUUAUUUUAGAGUCCAUGUGUCACUGUUAAUAUAUAUAGCUAACUAUUUCUUUAUAGGGGAAAGAAACAAAGCACGACAAAAUAAAAAAAAGAAUACAAAAAUAAC